AUGUCGUCACAACCAUUUCAAGAACUUGGAGUCGCAAGAUGGCUCAGUGAAUCCCUUGAAGCAAUGAAGAUUCACAGACCCACUUCCAUUCAAGCUGCAUGUAUACCGGCAAUACUCAAGGGCCAAGACUGUAUAGGAGGUGCCAAAACCGGGUCUGGUAAAACUAUUGCAUUUGCAGCGCCCAUGUUGACACAAUGGUCAGAAGACCCGUAUGGGAUUUUUGGAUUGGUGCUUACCCCAACUAGAGAGUUGGCGUUGCAGAUUGCCGAACAGUAUACAGCUCUAGGGGCACAGAUGAAUAUAAAAGUAUGUGUUGUUGUUGGAGGUGAAGAUUUUGUCAAGCAGACUUUGGAGUUGCAAAAGAAGCCACACUUCGUUAUUGCUACACCUGGAAGAUUAGCUGAUCAUAUUUUGAAUAGUGGAGAGGAAACCAUUAGCGGAUUGAGAAGAGUUCGAUAUUUGGUGUUGGAUGAAGCUGAUCGUUUGUUGAGCAAUAGUUUUAGCAGUGAUUUGGAAAGAUGUUUUUCGGUUUUACCAUCGAGUGACAAAAGACAGACCUUGUUGUUCACUGCUACUAUAACAGAUGCAGUCAAAGCGUUGAAGGAUAAGCCACGUCCGGCGGGGAAACUCCCUGUGUUCAUGCAUGAAGUCGACACUGUUGACAAGGUUGCUAUUCCAUCCACUUUACUGAUUGAAUAUGUAUUUGUGCCUUCCUAUGUGAAAGAAGCAUAUCUACAUAGCAUUCUACUUCUUCCAAAAUAUAAAGAAUCAACAGCAGUCGUGUUUGUGAAUAGAACAAUGACUGCCGAAGUUUUGCGAAGAUCGUUGCGGAAAUUGGACUUUAGAGUGGCUUCGUUACAUUCGGAAAUGCCCCAAUCCGAGAGAACAAACUCGCUACAUAGAUUCAAGGCAGGAGCCGCCCGAAUUCUUAUUGCGACUGAUGUUGCAUCUAGAGGUUUAGAUAUCCCCACAGUUGAACUAGUUGUGAAUUUCGACAUUCCAGCCGACCCUGACGACUUCAUACAUAGAGUUGGUAGAACCGCAAGAGCUGGAAGGAAAGGUGAUGCAAUCAGCAUCAUUGGGGAAAAAGAUAUCGAGAGGAUACAAAGCAUUGAAGAGAGAAUCAAUAAGAAAAUGGAGUUGUUGGAGGAGAUAAACGAUGACAAAGUCAUCAAAGACUCAUUGAGUGCAAUGACAACCGCAAAGAGAGAGUCAAUGCUGGAGAUGGAAAAGGAAGGAUUUGGAGAAAAGAGAAGGAUUAAUAAACGAAAACACUUGAAGGAAGAGUCUCCUAAGAAGCUGAAAAAGUCAAAGAAGUGA